UUCUUCCCAGAGCGUGCUCUGCCCUACUCCAGCAGCGACAUUGUUCAUCCCAUCAAGGUUGACGAGAGCGGAUCGUUCCUGUCCUACGAUUUGUCCCAUCGAGCACUUCACCGAAGGUCUCCUUCCUCCAGGAGCAAGUUUCUCGCCUUCUAUGAACUGCAUUACAAAGGACAGCCCCUGAAAUUCAACCUGAGCAUUAACAACAAUCUCCUGGCGCCCGGGUUUGUCAGUGAGAGGCGAUACGGGGGGAUCGCCAAUGCCAAGAUCCAGUCUCACACGUACAACUCCUGCCAUAUGAUCGGGGAGGUUCGGAGCCAGGUGCUGACAGGAGGUCUGGCCGCGCUCAGCACAUGUGAUGGCCUGAAAGGUGUGUUUCGGCUCAUGAACGAGGACUAUUUCAUCGAACCGGUAUCCACCAGCUUUCAGGAGGAUGGAGUGGCGCAGCCCCACAGGAUAUACAAGCGCCAGGUGCCUGAGCACGGGCCAGAGCAAGGCAGGAGGCCACUAGCUCCACGGGAAACCUGUGGUGUGCAAGAAUCUCAGGAAAACCUGGAGAGGUCUGAGAAACGGAGGGAAAGAUGGGAACAGAAGCAGCACAGGAAGAGAAGAAUAAAGCAGCGCUCCAUCAGCAAGGAGAAGUGGGUGGAAACACUGGUGGUAGCAGACACCAAGAUGAUAGAAUACCAUGGGAGAGAGAACAUAGAGAAGUAUGUGCUGACCGUGAUGAACAUGGUGGCCGGUCUGUUCCACCACGCCAGCAUUGGGAACCCCAUCAACAUUGCAAUUGUGCGACUCAUCCUGCUGGAGGAUGAAGAGGAGGACCUGAAAAUCUCCCACCAUGCAGACAACACCUUGAAAAGCUUUUGCAAAUGGCAGAAGAGCAUCAACAUUAAAGGAGAUUCUCAUCCCCUGCAUCACGACGUUGCAGUCCUGCUCACAAGGAAGGACAUCUGCACAGCGAUGAACAGACCCUGCGAGACCCUGGGUCUGUCCCACGUGGCGGGGAUGUGCCAGCCCCACAGGAGCUGCAACAUUAACGAGGACACAGGACUGCCCCUGGCCUUCACCGUGGCUCAUGAGCUUGGACACAGUUUUGGGAUUCAGCAUGAUGGAAGCAGCAAUGACUGUGAGCCAGUUGGGAAAAGACCUUUCAUCAUGUCUCCACAGCUCCUGUAUGACACGUCCCCACUCACCUGGUCCCGCUGCAGCCGGGAGUACAUCACACGAUUCCUUGACCGGGGCUGGGGGCUGUGCCUGGAUGACCCCCCUGCCCAGGAGGUGCUGGACUACCCCUUGGUGCCCCCGGGUGUCCUCUACGAUGUGGGCCACCAGUGCCGGCUGCAGUACGGUGCCUACUCCACCUUCUGCGACGACAUGGAUAGUGUCUGCCACACGCUGUGGUGCACAGUAGGGAACACGUGCCACUCCAAGCUGGACGCUGCUGUUGACGGCACUGCGUGCGGGGAGAACAAGUGGUGCUUCAACGGCGAGUGCGUGCCCGUGGGUUACCGUCCCGACGCGAUCGACGGUGGCUGGGGCUCCUGGAGCUCAUGGGCUGCCUGCUCACGCAGCUGCGGUGCGGGCGUGCAGAGCGCGGAGAGGCAGUGCAGCAGCCCCACGCCAAAGUAUGGGGGCAGGUAUUGCCUGGGGGAGCGGAAGCGGUUCCGGAUUUGCAACGUCAGGCCAUGUCCCCCCGACAAGCCCUCCUUCCGUCAGGUCCAGUGCAGCCAGUUCAACCCCAUGCUCUACAAAGGGAAACUCUACAGGUGGACGCCGGUGCCCAACAACAUUAACCCCUGCGAGCUGCACUGCCGGCCAGAGGAUGAAUACUUUGCAGAAAAACUGCGGGACGCCGUCAUUGAUGGGACACCAUGCUACGAGAUGAACGCCAGCCGCGACAUGUGCAUCAACGGCAUCUGCAAGAACGUGGGCUGCGACUACGAGAUCGACUCCAACGCGGUAGAGGACCGGUGCGGCGUCUGCCACGGAGACGGCUCCACCUGCCACACCGUCAAGAAGACCUUCGAGGACAGCGAGGGGCUGGGUUACGUUGAUAUUGGGAUUAUCCCCGUGGGAGCACGGGAGAUCCGGAUUGAAGAAGUUGCAGAAGCUGGGAAUUUUUUGGCGCUGCGGAGCGAGGACCCGGAGAAGUAUUUCCUGAACGGCGGCUGGACCAUCCAGUGGAACGGGGACUACAGGGUGGCGGGGACCACCUUCACCUACAAGAGGACAGGGAACUGGGAGAACCUCACCUCACCGGGGCCCACUGUGGAGCCCGUGUGGAUCCAGCUGCUGUUUCAGGAGACCAACCCCGGCGUGCGGUACCAGUACACCAUCCAGCGCCCGGCCGACAGUGAGAACGAGAUUGAGCAGGCAGAGUUCCUCUGGCGCUUCGGCUCCUGGACCACAUGCACCGCCACGUGCGGGACCGGGGUGCAGCGGCAGAUUGUUCACUGCGUGGAGAAGCUGGCUGGCAUCGUGGAGGAGCGGUACUGCGACGCGCUGACGCGCCCCGAUGACCAGCAAAGGACGUGCAGCGAGGAGCCCUGCCCAGCCAGGUGGUGGGUCGGUGAAUGGCAGAAAUGCUCGGCCACCUGCGGCCAGUCGGGGCUGAUGAAGAGGACGGUGCUCUGCAUCCAGAGCGUGGGGCUGGACGAGCAGAGGGCAUUGCAGCAAGCAGAAUGCCAGCACCUCUCCAAGCCAGAUGCCACCGCACCCUGUCACCGGGAGGUCCCCUGUCCCUCCCAGUGGGCCAUGGGGAACUGGUCCGAGUGCUCCGCAACGUGUGGAAAUGGGACACAGAGGCGUCCUGUUUACUGCAGCAACAGCACUGGAGCCGCUUGUGACCCUGCAGAAAGACCCAGCUCGGAAACUAUUUGCUCCUUGCCGCAGUGCCAGAAGAAAUUAGACAAUGCCAACACAGAUUGGUCUGGCAGUGGGUCCUCCAGCAGAGAGAUAUUUAAUGAAAUCCAUUACAUCCCCAGCAACCACAUUGCUAAAUUUAACCCCUUAAUUCCAAAUAUUCCGGAGUCUAAUGAUGUCAAUAUCAUCACUGAGGAGGACUUCUCAGCCAGAAAGGGAAAUGUCUUUGUUGAUGAUUUUUACUAUGAUUAUAAUUUUAUCAACUUCCAUGAGGAUCUGUCUUACUAUCCCUUCACGGAGAAAGAGACCAAAGCUGAGGAGCGUAAGCCAGAGCUGAGCACCAAUGUCGUGGAGGGCUCCCAUGAGAUGCCUGCUGAUGUCCUGCACACUGUCAAGCCAGGAGGAGGAGCAAGCAAGGACCGUCUGGUAACCAGCGAAGCAAACACUUCUGCUGCCGUGCACAGCGAAGGAGAGAUGGAGCCUGGGGGUUUAACCAUGAAUGACCUCCUGAGCGUGAUCCCUGAGGAUGCAGGGACAGCCACUCCCAAAUUUGCCAUCCUUGACUUCAUGGGUGAGGAGGAAGAUGCAAGGUUUGUGUCCCGCUCCAAGGAUCACCCGCCCACCCAGAGUACCACAAGUCACAACUCUGCCAACAGCCAUGACCACCCACCCCUAGAUGAACCCCAGGGAACCGUGCCAGCGAGGACCAGUCCUGGGCAGGAUGCUCCAGCCCGUGGCCUUGCUCCCUGGGCUCCUUACCCAGAUGAUCCCUCCCCGCUACUGCCCACUGGCAGGGGCAGUGCUGAUGCAGACACGUCCAACAGUCUGGGAGAGCCGGGGAGCAGCGGCAAGGGGCAUGCAAGCACAGAGGGGCCAGGUAACACCAGCAGCGGGGAGCACAGUGUGGCCGGAUCUGCGGGGAGAGGUCAUGAAGACUCAGGGGAAAUGGGUCUUGUCAUCACCAGUGAUGCUAAUGGUGCUGCCCCCAAGACCAAGGAGCCAGAAGGGUGGGCAGAAAUGCCGGAGGGGACGGCGGGCACACAUGCAGCGUCAGUGGCCAACGAGCAAGCCCAAGGCACAGAGAGGGCAGGUCCUUCCUUCCCCACCCCUCAGGGACCAGGGCAGGAGAUGGGAAGGAGUGCUGGUGGCACCCGUUCUGCUGCAAGUCCCUAUCCUGUGGGUGCUGAUGGGGGUCCCGUGGGGCAGGCAGGGCACCAGCCAGAGCUCCGCACACCCACGUUCCUGACCUCGGCGCCCUUGGUGGCCGCUACAGCCUUUCCAGCAGCAGUAUCCUUGUCCCCUGCCGUGCCCGGGCCAGCCACCCAGCUUACCUCCAGUGGCCUCACCCAGCAAGAUGCCCUGGCACCAGCCAUGCCCACGGCCCCAGCUCACAGCCCUCCCAUGCACCCAGCGGGAGCAUCGCCCUCUGAGUCCCCCCCAGCGUGGUGGACCAUGGGGGUGUCCCACCACCCAGAGCCAGCAUCACCCCGUGCAGAGCAGACCUCCCGUGGGGCCCCGCUCAGCAGCACCGUCCCAGGGGAGCGCUUGCCGAGGACAACCUCAGGGACGUUUGCUUUCAGUGAUGGGGAACACGAGUUAUCCCAUCCCACCCCAGCACCCCUACCACUCUGGGAGAAGAAAAAGAUGGAGAAGGAGGAGGCUUUGCUUCCACCAUUGACCACCGUGGCAGCCACUGUGAUGCCCAGCUGGGAGGUUGGGAACUGGAGUGAGUGCUCGGCCACCUGCGGCGUGGGCGCGAUCUGGAGGACCGUGCGCUGCAGCACCGGCAGUGACGACGGCUGCACUGUGGCGAACAAACCCGUCCCUGCCCGGAGGUGUUCCCUGAGACCGUGUUCGUCAUGGCGUGUGGGGAACUGGAGUAAGUGCUCCAAGAGCUGCGGCAGGGGAAUGAAGGUUCGGGACGUGCAUUGCAUUGACACCAGAGACCAGAGGCUCCUACGGCCCUUCCACUGCCAGGCUGUCCUCUACAAACCACUGGCGCAGCUCCCCUGCCAGAGCACGCCAUGCCUGGACUGGUACACGUCCUCCUGGAGAGAGUGCUCGGAGUCAUGCGGCGGUGGGGAGCAGGAGCGGCUGGUGACGUGCCCGGAGCUGGGCCGCUGCGAGGAGACAUUAAAGCCCAAUGCCACCCGUCCCUGCAACGUGCACCCCUGCACCACCUGGGUGGUGGGCUCCUGGGGAGAGUGCACGGCUCCCUGCGGCGGGGGCAUCCAGCGGCGCCAGGUCAAGUGCAUCAACACCAAGACGGGGCUGGCCGAGGAGGACAGCAGCCUCUGCGACCACGAGCCCUGGCCCGAGAGCACCCAGAAGUGCAACCCGCAGGACUGCGAGAGCUCCGAGUCGGGCUUCGUCUGCGAGCGUGACCGCUUGACAUUCGGCUUCUGCCAGACCCUGCGGGUCCUGGGAAGGUGCCACCUCCCGACGGUCCACCUCCAGUGCUGCCGAACCUGCCGCCAGCACCAGCACCGUGCAGCACCCGACCGGGACCGCGGGGACGAGCGGGCCUCCAGGAGGUGACAGGACCGUCCCCAAGGGCAAGAAGCGCCAGGACCCACGGCAGCUCCCAGAGCAGCGUGGCGAUGGCGAAGGAGGGAGCCGGGUCACAGCCAGGACUUGCGGCUCUGCCUCGUCCCACGGCAGCGCCGGACGGUGCUGCCCGCAAGCUGCGCGGUGCUCUUUCAAAACACGGGGAAGGCUUGAUUUCUUUUAUUUGUGCUACACUAUAACGGUGCUCAAACCAUCAGUCUGAAAAAUAAGGUCUGGCGUGGGCUGGGUGUGCAGGUCCCACUGGUCCUGCGGGAGAUGCUGGGGCAGCCGGGACCCUCCGUCAGGGUCACGCUGCCGCUGGGCGACCGGCGGGGAAACAUUUUGGGAAAGGGAAACCGAAAGCAGCAAUGAUUCACGGGAGACCUCUCAGAAAUGCUUAUGGUGCUAUCAUUUGACAUUUUCAGCCUCUUGAUGGUGUUGGCAGGCCAGCACAAAACUCUUGACCUUUAUUAUUAUUUUUAUAUAUAUGA